AUGACAGAUAGUCUGAUAACCCUGUCUUCGAUAAAGAGUAGAGCCAGGAGUUUCAAGAAGUUUGUCGCCACCAGAGUUGGAGAAAUUCAGGGCUCAACUAAUCCUAGUCAAUGGCGACAUAUCCCAGGUGACGUUAAUGUGGCAGAUGACUUGACCAGAGGGUUGAAUGCAGAUCAGUUGAAUGACAGAUGGCAUCGUGGGCCUGACUUCUUACGAAGGCCGAGAUCAGAGUGGCCAGAGGAAGCUAAGGUAGAAAAUAAAUCAGAAUCAGAACAGGAAAGACGAAAAGAGCAGUCAGUCAUGGUAGUAACAGAACCAGCGGAAGAUAUCAUUGACUGUACCAAGUUCUCAAGUUGGAGAAAACUGGUUCGUGUGGCAUCAUAUGUACUGAAGUUUGUCAAGAAGUUAAAGUCAAAGUGCAAGAAGGAAACUGAUACAAGUAAUGAUGAUGCUAAUGGCACUUUGACUCCUGAUGGCUUACAGAUUGGAGAAAAUUAUCUGAUAAGGAAAGGUCAGAGACCUCUGAGAAGCAGGAUAGAUAAAGGAGAAUUGAAAGCCCUCAGUCCAUACAGAGAUGAUGCAGGUAUUAUCAGAGUAGGGGGCAGAUUAGACAGAGCUAAGAUGUCCUUUGAUAUGGUACACCCAGUCCUGCUUCCCUAUGAGGAUUGGAUAUCCAGAUUGAUCACGAGAUAUGUCCAUGAAAUUGGACAUAAUGGAGUGGCAGCAACCACAGCCAAAGUAAGAAGGAAAUACUGGAUACUCAAAGGACACAACCUUGCAAAGACUGUGAAAUUAAGAUGUGCAAUAUGCAGAGCAUUUGAUCGCAAAGUAGAGACACAAAAGAUGGCAGAGCUGCCUAUAGAGAGACUAACUCCAUACUCCCCACCAUUUCACUACACGGCGUGUGAUUACUUUGGGCCGUUUCAAGUGAAAGUUGGACGAAACAAAACGGCUAAGCAUUAUGGAGUUCUGUUCACAUGCUUGAACACAAGGGCGGUACACUUAGAACGUGCUGUUGACUGUAGUACAAUGGAGUUCAUGCAAGUUCUCAGAUGA